CAUACCUGCCACCUGAGUAUCGACCUGGUCGCGUAUACUCGGACACCGAUUCGGAAAAGAUGUGGAUGUACUCGCUGGGGAGGGCAUUAUUGGACACGACGCCGAGAGUCGCGGCGCUGACAGGAACGGUUUCCGUUUCACCCUCGUCGGCACUUCAGUCCGUUUUAGCCGCCAUGACGGAACCCGAUCCACGAAGACGAGCUUCCUUGAUGAAUCUGCUGGACGUAAUCUCCGAGUACUGCCGCACUCGCCUGCAGUCGAAGCCUUUCACUCACAUCGUGAUGGACAUGUACCGCGAGGUGGUCAAGUCUCCUCAGUUCGCAGCUCGCAAACGGAUCACGUACCAGCACCUAAACCCACCACCUCCCUUGCGAACCCCUUCAGACCUGGCGGAACACAAUCGUCGUCAGACCAGCUACCCCCAUCACCAUCACCACCAGCAGCAGCUACAGCAUCAGCCAGACCCUCUGCAAUCCAUGCACAACCAGGCCAAAGGUGUUCACCAGCGUCAGGAUCGUCAGUACCACUCGACCAACCAGUACAAUCCACCUAGACCCAAUCAGCAACGCUCGCCAGCUCGUUAUCAGCCUCACCAGCACCUGCAGCAGCUCCAGGAGGCACCUCAACAGCCUCAAGUACCCAAGGUCCAUCAUUAUCACCAUCACCAUCCCGCAAAAGGCGCCCUGUUCAAGCUCCAGUCGCGAAAUUCCCACUCUCAUCCUAACCUGACGAGUCUCUGUGGCCAGCAAUCGCAACAAACCCGACGUCACGAAGUGGACGAGCGCAGGGGUCAGUUCCAGUCGCAGCUGAACGUCCAGGCGAGCGGACGUCCAGUUGGACCCGCUAUCCAGCACCAGCGUCGACAUCAUCACUCCAGGACCUACUCGCAGCCGAUCUACACGAGGCUGCAGCACACCAGGAGCAGUGGCAACCUGCCAUCCACGAUCGUUGGUGAAAGCAACCCCGGAGGGAACGUUUACAGCGACCCCAUUUACGCCCUGCCCGUGAAGCCUUUUCUCAGCUCUCAAGACGUCAGAGUAAACGGCCUGUCCGUGAAGCCACCUGUCGGACAUCGGAACGAGGACGUGUACGCUGGCACCACGAUAGCCAGGCGACCGUCAGCAGCCGGAUAUUCUCAUCCAGACAUAGCGACGUCGACUGAACGUGCACGAGAGGAGGUUUACGGCAGAUCCACGGGACGAGCGAAUCCGACGUUGCAGAGGCAACAUUCAAAUCCUCAGCUUCCUAGCAGGGAUCAGCGCGAGGGUGAUUUCGAGCGGGUGCCGGAACAGAGCGUGACAACGAGCGAUCACAGAUGUCCGGCUGGCAGAGGGAAGGAGGAACAGACAGCGCAACAACAAAAUCCAGUGUCUUCCAUGAGAGUGAGAAGUGUCCAGGGGCCACCCAAGCCACCACGAAUAAUCACCACGCUGAAGAAGGCGCCAUUUUCCGACGUGGAAAGCAGCAAAUCGGAGCCGCCAGCGAAACCGCCCAGAAAUCUGGUAAAGAAUGGACCCAGGGCACGGCGCGGUAAAGCGGUACAAAGAGCACCGUCCCGUCUAUAUAGAACAGUGGGUGGACCGGCGAGAUCCUUCAACAAAGCGCAAUGCAUUGGCCCUGAAUUUGUAGUGCGUGCCAAUCAGCCACCAAAGACGCUAUGUGUCGGCCAAGCAAAGGCUGGCAAUUCCGGACGUAUUGUCGUAAUAAUGUUGACUGGUCAACGAGUGGAAGUUACUUGCGAUCCUCAGAAAGUUACGGCUGGAGAUUUAUUCCAGGCCAUCAUGCAAGCUGAAAGCCUCGACGAAAACUUCACCCUUGGUCUGGCGGUGCUAUUAGCGGGCGAUUUCGCGAUUUUACCACCCGACACUAAAUUGAAUAAAGUCGCGCCACCGGGAUGGUUAAGCAGUGGCAAAAGCAAGGGUCUCCUGGGCCUUCCGACCAGUUUUAUGCUGUAUCUCAGGCUCAGGUUCUUUCUACCAUCUCUACGUGGUGUAAGGAGUUGGAUAUCGAAACAUCUGCUGUAUUUGCAAAUACGACGUUGUAUAUUGGAGCAACAACUAGUCUGUCCCUAUCCAGAGUUAAUUAAUCUGACUGGACUCGCUCUUCAAGCUGAAUUUGGAAAUUACAACGUGAACGAACACGGCUGCGGCGACUAUUUCCUGCUAGAGCACUACGUCCCGGAGUCGUUGAUCCUGAACAUAGAUCAGCCUCAAUCGCAGAUCAACAACGGAGGGGCGGAGGCUCUUCGAGCUAGACUCCACCAAGCUCAUCGCGACAGACGCGGCCUGGACUCGAACAAGGCUGAGGAGAUGUUCAUAACUCACGCACAGACGCUUCCAGAUUACGGGUCUCACUAUUACAUCGCCACGGUGGACUCGAAGGAAUUAGAGAAGGUGAUGGCUCAGCAGAGGAAGAGGAAACUGACCGACAACCACGCGUCGGACGGGUUGCGUGAUUCCACUGAGAACAUCUACGGGCAAGAUGGCAGACCUCAGGAGUACCAACUACGAGGCCGGAUAGAGAUCGGAAUGAAGAACGACGGGAAGAUCUACAACUGUCCGCGAAUAGAGCUAGAAACUGAAACCGAGUGCGGUUAUUCGCUACCCAAGAUCAUAUCGGGCGACGUGGAUCAGUUAGAAAAGCCUGACAACCCUGAAGAGUUGUAUGCAGCGAUCAACAAAGUUGGGAUCUCGAGGAAGAACGAGUUUCCUGUUCCAGAUGAGGUAUGGGACGUGUCGGACGUGAAGAAGUCGUUACACAAGAUGAAGACCUCGAGUUUACCGAAUUACGGAACAUCCAGGCAAUCUGGCGGUUAUCGCACACCGAGUUUACCACGUCGUCUAGGGGUGAAAAUGGGAACGCGAGCGAUCUACAGCAGCCUCGUGCAGAAAGACACCGCUCUUACCGACGACAUGGAGUCGCUAUCGCUAAAAUCAGACACGGAAUCCUCGAUUCAGUCGUUGUCUGCCCGAUCCACGGAAUCUCCUCUACCGGAAGCAUACGUACUCAAUGCUGACAUUCGCACAGACGACGAGACAUUUCGCGUUACCGAGGACGAAUCGAUGUCAGUUUCCUUAGCAGCACGUCUCGAGGAAUUGUCGUUCGCUGAAGAACGAAUCCUACAGACGAUUAAGUUGGAGAGAGGCCACGGUGGCAGCAUAGGGUUGCAAGUGACAGAAGGUAACGACGGUGGCGUCUACGUCCAGGCGGUAUCCGUCGGAGGAUCGGCCGAUAUGGCCGGAAACGUGAACAAAGGUGACCGUAUCGUCGCGAUAAAUGGACAGAAUUUACUGCACUUGCGGUACGAGGACGCUCUGAAGAUGCUGCAGAGCUCGUCUGAUACGAUCGAGCUGGUCCUCUCUCAGGCUACCUCGAGGAAAAACGCUACCUCUAGGCAGAAUCACGAACAGCCCGCGGAAAAUAACUAUUUAAACGACAUCAGAUUCGACAUGUCCUCGGAAGCGGAUACGUCGAGCAUGACAAACAAAUGGCUCGUUCAAAGGACCACCGACGUUGCAUCCGUGCAAAACACCUCGAGCGCAUAUAGCAGUGCUGCAUCGAGCGCAAUGGGUAAUCACAAUGCAAACAGCCUAUACAUGGCCGAUCUCGUCGAUAAUGGUGCACUUAAGUCCGCCAAAUCUGCCAGCAGCACACCGCCAGUCCCACCGAGACGGAAGAAGCGCAAAGCGAAGCCCGCGGCAAUUGCAAGAUCUCCGGAAGGGAUGUCACCGACGCGUCUGAGGAAGUCAGACAGAAAACGCUUGGCGCCACAGCCGCCGCCGCUGCCGCCGCGAGCAAUCCGUAGGAUCAGAUCUCACGUCGCCAGAGAUCAGCCAGAAGGAACGACGUUGAACGCGCCGACAGCCGACGAUGCGGAAGAAACGCUAAAUAGCCUAAGUUCCAGCGAGACGGGAGAGACUCAGUCGUCUGUGCAGCUCGAGGAUGCUGACUCGGUGCGAAACGGGAGGACCAGCAACGACGAGGAUGAUUCGGACGACAGGUGCGGUCCAAGCCGUGUCACGAGCUCGCCGCAAGAACGUCCGUUUCUCUUCGAGACUUAUGCAAGGAAAGAGACCAACAAGUACCCUCCUCUGUUCUUCACCUUGCACGACUUCCAGAACGUGAUGUCCAACACUCUACAACACGAGGAUGACACGGACAGUAAACAGGAAUAUGCCAGCACUAUCCAGGAUUCCUUUCGAAAAUCCUUUCGCAAUUCCUUCCGCAAAUUCUUCGAGAAGUCACUGGACGACGACGAGAACGAGCUCUGCUUCCGCGUCACCACGACCAACCUGCCGUUCGGCAAGUGUUUGGACAGGUGGUCAACCACAUUCGCGGAUCACUUCAUCGAGAAUCUCGAGGAGCCUGAUCGUUUCAUCUUCGAGGAUUACAUGGAUAGGAGCAACAAGGUAAACGUCAGGCGAUCGGCUGGCCCGAUGUGCUAUGACAGCUACGAGGAGGAACCCACUGUGCCUCGGUUGACCAAGGUGAGAUUCGUGAUCGAGUCAUCUCGCUCCCCGACUCCAGACCAUGAACUGGACAACGAUGUCGUCUGUGACAGCUUGCAGAGUAUCGAUCCUCCGAAGAAAGAAGAGGAGGUCAGCUGGAACCGUGGCUCUUCCGUGCAAUUGACUGACAUCACGGACAAUACGGAUUGCAGAGACACGAGCGAGGUUUUUGGCGGAGGGCAAGGGUGUAAGGAAGAACCCGACGAGUUCGGUGACGUACCCUUUAGCUCGAUUUUGAAGACACGGAACGGUUCGGUCGAAUGGUGUUCCUUGGAGAACGCGACGAGCUUUAUCGAGACGAUAGAUAAGGGAUCAGAGGACGAUCGUGUUAAUUCGAACAAUUCGAGCCGCGAUUCGACCGGAUUCGAUUCGCCGGACGAGUCGUUUCAUUCGGCGUGGACGCUGAGAAAAUUGAAAAUCGCGGACGUCAGCAAAGCGGAGUUGAGUUUAAUCAAGUCGAAAACCGAGUGCCGUUCUGUGUUCGCUGGGAUCAGGGACGAUUGCUGGAAUAGGCCGCCUGAGGAUAACGGUUUUGCGUGGGACACUGUUCCAAAUAACGUGGAAGACAAUAAAGAAUCUGUAGACGAAAGGGAUUCGACCAAUGAAACCUGUGAGCAUGUAAACAAUGUCACGAGCAGUGAGCUUAUUUCAGAAGCCAAGAACAGGAUAGACGAUGACAUCUACGAGUUAAUCAGGAAUAAGGUAAACGGCAAUUUUAUUGAGCAAAGUCCAAUGAUUCGUGAAGAAGAGUGGAUACAGGCUAGUGAGCAAAAAUCGACAAUAAAUAAGACAAAUGUCUGCGACGAAGAAUUGAUAACAAAUGAAGUAGAGAGUAGCCUUACGAAGGAACAUUUAGUAUCCAAUAAAAUAGAGACUAAAAUUAGCGAAACAACGUCGUCAGCUGAAGGAGACGAGGGUAUUGACGAGCAACAGGAAACAGAGGUCCGUUCAUUCGAUAAAUCCACGGGUGAGUACCGCAGGAAGCUCUUCGUGAACGAAUCUUUGCGAAACUUGACGAAUCAUUGCGAUUUCUUGGCGAGUGAUUCCGAUAACCAGAGUCAGGAUUCCGACGUGAAAGACGAUAAUUUGGCCACUUGCGAUACUCCUUUGAAUGUAGAUUUAAGAAAAUCCCCACACUUAACCAGAGAAGACGAGGAAGACGAGGUACCAGAUAUUCCAAUGAUUCCAAAAUUACCCCCAAAGACGCAGAGUAAUUUCUUAGACGACGAAUUCCUCGAGACGAAAGGAAAUAUCAGUGUACCAGUUAGCAUUCGACGAAACUCUUUCCUGGAAAAUAUGCUAUCGGACGACACAGAUCAGACGUGGACCAGCUGCAGAAUCAUCGCUGCUCAUCCAAAAUCAUCGGUAACGCAGGAAGAAUCGAAGGACAGAAGAGAGAACACGCUUGUAACUCGGUUGAACGAGUCGAUCAAAAUGGAUUCGGAGAUCCAGAGGAUUUUGCAAGAGUCGAAAGAGUCGUUGAAAAGGAUCGAAUCCACUUUACCGAGCUCGACGAUACCCAAGAAGGUAACUGAAACGAGCAAGAAAAGCGCUGGUGAGGUAAAGUGCGAUGUGCUGAACGAGUUGCUCGUCAAUUUUAGCAACAUUAGAUUGAAACCGGUGAACAGCGAGAAGAGGCAUAUCCUAGAAGAUCAUAUAGAGGUAACAAUCUCCUCUCACGAGAAAAACGGCAAGGAAGAAAUCGAAUUACGGUCAGACAGUCACGACAGAAGCUUCAGAGUACGUAACAGCGAUUCAUCAAUGGAGACUACGAAGAAGACGAAGGAGACCAACGAAACGUUACAUCUAAAUCCCAAAGCUUCUAUGGCUAGCCAGUGGCAGUAUGCUGCUUCUCUGACGACGAGAAAGAUCCAGGACCAGGAAAGGAAUAAGUGCAACGAAUCAUCAGAAAAACCCUGUGUCAGCUCCUCGAUCAGCGCUACGACUAACAUAGAACCCAUUAAUUUUCACGAAACCCCCAAGAACCGCGAGGCUUCAUCAGAUCGCGACGAAGACAUGCCAGAGACAGGCCUAAAGAGAGACGAGGGAACCAAGAACGAGGAUCAUUCAGCACCAACGAGGAACGUGACCAAGCUUCACGUCGAGUGGACGCAACGUGACGCUGUCGAAAAAGUGUCUGACGACGUGAGCAGCAGAGGAGCGACAGAGAGCUCCUUGGAAUGUCUGCAGAAGGCAGUCUGCAGCGAAAAGACUGACGCGAAAGACGAGUCGCAUAAUCGUGGCGCGAUCGCGCGACAGUUAGACUUAAGCAUGAGGACGGGUAGCGGCGACAAGAGUGCCAUAGCUAGGAGGAUUUCUCGACCCCAUUGUAAUAAUAAUGACAAUAACAGGGCCGUAACACCCGUAGCUGUAAGUGAUGACCAAUCCCGCGACACUGUAACGAUAACCCCGGGUAGAGUUAGGAGCUUCAUUAAAUACUACGAGAUUCGACGCGAGGCGACGACCGACAAAGAUUCUAAAACUAACGAUAGAGUAGAUAGGGACCGGGUGCCGGAACACGGGUCGGUGUACAGCAUCCGUAGAGGCCUGGAAGCGAGGGCCAACGAGGCUAGGUCCUUCGACGGGCAGAGGAAGGACAAUCGUCACUUGCCAAUCGCUGACAAAGAUUCUAGAAGGUCUAUCGGCUUGACCAGGAUGGACGUGAAGAGUCCGACGACCGUGGAGAAGUCUCGAACGGAGGAUUCGAGCGAACUCGACGAUAGCGUUGCAGAUGGCGCAGCGGACGGUCGCGUGGAAGCGAAGAUGGCGCUGACGCACGUGUCGCCCGCGAUGUCUCCCAGUGACUCGAACACGCGUCCUGGCAAGGCGAAACGAAAGAAGUCUGUGAAAUUUCAAGGUGGUUUCACUGUGAUCGGUGCGAGAUGUCCAGACGAAAAUGGCUCCGCGGGGAGUCCCGCGGGUCAGACCGAGGACUUGAUAGAAGAGAAGAGGGCUCCCGAUAGACUGACGCUGAAAGAACACGUUCUCGAGCAGCGAGUGGAUUUCCACAGUGGGCAACAAGAGGGGCUGCAAGCUGACUCACGAGCUUUCGAGCACCGAGAAACUGCUGCUCAGGUUAGUGAUGAAUUUAAUUGGGACGGGUUGGCUUUGGGUUAG